CAAGGCAAAGCCGGGGGGAGAGAGAAUCCGAGAGCGCGCCUUGGAUCGCUUUCAAAUGAGAGAGAGAGAGAGAGAGAUUGCAUUGCAAAGCCUUCUGAUUUGGGAGUGAAAAAAAAAAUCCUAACCAGCAGUCUGCAAUUGGCUCCAGCUUUUAUUCUCUUCCGGGUUUCCAACGGCUUCAAGUUUAUUUAGGGAUUUAAAAAGAGAGAGAGAGAGGGAGAGCGAGCCAAAAAAAAAGUGUCAACCCAUGAAGCCAAUCGUCUCAGCCUUGUAAAGUUUCUCACGUACUCUCUUAUACCUUGCAAUGGAUGAAUUUCAUCCCUUCAUUGAAGCACUUCUGCCUCACGUCCGAGCAUUUGCGUACACGUGGUUCAACCUGCAAGCCCGAAAACGAAAAUACUUCAAAAAACAUGAAAAACGCAUGUCUAAAGAGGAAGAGAGAGCAGUGAAGGACGAAUUGCUAAGUGAAAAACCUGAGGUCAAACAAAAAUGGGCAUCCAGACUUCUGGCAAAGCUACGGAAAGAUAUCAGGCCUGAGUUCCGAGAGGAUUUUGUUCUCACAGUCACAGGAAAAAAGCCUCCGUGUUGCGUUCUUUCCAAUCCAGACCAGAAGGGCAAGAUGAGAAGAAUUGACUGCCUACGCCAGGCAGAUAAGGUCUGGAGAUUGGACCUUGUUAUGGUGAUUUUAUUUAAAGGUAUUCCGCUCGAAAGUACUGAUGGCGAGCGCCUUGUAAAGUCCCCACAGUGCUCUAAUCCAGGGCUGUGCGUACAGCCCCAUCAUAUAGGAGUUUCUGUUAAGGAACUCGAUUUAUAUUUGGCAUACUUUGUGCACGCAGCAGAUUCAAGUCAAUCUGAAAGUCCCAGCCAGCCAAGUGAAGCUGAUAUUAAGGACCAGCCAGAAAAUGGACAUUUGGGCUUCCAGGACAGUUUUGUCACAUCAGGUGUUUUCAGUGUGACUGAGCUAGUAAGAGUCUCACAAACGCCAAUAGCUGCAGGAACAGGCCCUAAUUUCUCCCUCUCAGAUUUGGAAAGUUCUUCAUACUACAGCAUGAGCCCAGGAGCUAUGAGGAGGUCUUUACCUAGCACAUCCUCUACCAGCUCCACAAAGCGCCUCAAAUCUGUGGAGGAUGAGAUGGACAGUCCUGGUGAGGAGCCAUUUUAUACAAGCCAAGGGCGCUCUCCAGGAAGCGGCAGUCAGUCGAGUGGAUGGCAUGAAGUGGAGCCAGGAAUGCCAUCGCCAACUACAUUAAAGAAGUCAGAGAAGUCUGGUUUCAGCAGUCCCUCGCCUUCGCAGACCUCCUCCCUUGGAACGGCAUUCACACAGCAUCAUCGACCUGUCAUUACAGGACCCAGAGCAAGUCCACAUGCAACACCAUCGACUCUUCAUUUUCCAACAUCACCCAUUAUUCAACAGCCUGGGCCAUACUUCUCACACCCAGCAAUUCGCUAUCAUCCUCAGGAGACUCUGAAAGAGUUUGUCCAACUUGUCUGCCCCGACGCUGGUCAGCAGGCUGGACAGGUGGGGUUCCUAAAUCCCAAUGGUAGCAGCCAAGGCAAGGUGCACAAUCCAUUCCUUCCUACCCCAAUGUUGCCACCACCACCUCCGCCACCAAUGGCUAGGCCUGUGCCUCUGCCAGUGCCAGACACAAAACCUCCAACUACAUCGACAGAAGGAGGGGCCACCUCCCCCACUUCACCAACCUACUCGACACCCAGCACCUCCCCCGCAAACCGAUUCGUCAGUGUUGGACCACGGGAUCCAAGCUUUGUAAAUAUCCCUCAACAGACACAGUCCUGGUACCUGGGAUAAAAGUCGCAGCUUCCCACCACCCACCGGACAGACCACCUGACCCCUUCCCAACUCUGUAACAUGGAAGCAGCAGCAACACAGCGCAGUUACUUCACGUCAAUGGAAGGGGAGACAAACAGAUAUCAACAGCAAACAACUAGUACAUGGAAAAGGCAAACGUUAUGGUUGAAUAGCAAAGGCCAUAACUUUUUUGAGAUUUUUUUAGACACCUUAGGGACUGUUGUAAUUUCUCAUAUGGUGCUGGAAAUGGUUGGGCUUCAUAAUUUUUGAAGUGUUUCAUUGGUAGUGUAAGCAUUUGGUGACACUGGGUAGUACUAGCCUCUGCUGCUGCUUACCGACUCGCUGUUGUAACACACUUUCCAUAUGGAGCCUAACUGUUUUACAGUAUUUUCAUCAAUUUUUUUCCCAUGCAGGUGUGAGACUUCUUGAAAAAUCAUGAAACACACUUAAACUAUAACUUUUGUAGUAGCUGAAUUCUGCAAUAUAUAACUUACAGGACAGACAUAGAGCAUGUUUUUCUGUAACAUAUCGGGAAAAAAUUUGCAAGUUUGUUUUUUUUGUUCGUUUGUUUUUUUACAGUCAGCACUUAGAUACAUAACAAAAAUCAUAAGAACAUUUUCAACAGGUUUUUUUCCACUUGAUUGCAGAGUGAUUUAAAACAUCAAACUACUACUAUACACUAAAAGAAAAAGAAAAAAGUUUGAAAUGCUGCACUUACAUUAAAAAAAAACAUUUUUCAACAAUUUUCAACAAUUACACAAAAAUUCACACAGAAAUGGGGAAGUUGGUCUGUUUUGACAGAAACUGACAGGAAUCAAUCAAAACAAUCGAAUUUUGAAUUGAGUAAAGUGCAAUUUCAUUGGAUAGCUAAAUAUCUUUGUAAGAUAGAGAUUGUUGAAAAUUCUAUUUUUGUUUUCCAAGUCCUUCCACCCCAGGACUCUAAAUUAUUGGGGUAAAAAACAGCCUUGCAAGAAAAAGGGGAGCUAUUUUUGCUUUUUAUGUUUUUUAUUGUUGAACUUGUAUCCCUUUAAAACUGAAGGAAAAGUUAAAAAAAUACAAAUCUAAUGGUGCUUUUACCACAAUAUGUUAACUACAUUAAAUGCUAAUUAAUCAUUUUCUGUUAUCAAAGCACAUAACUAAAAUUAAAUCAUAAUAUCUGUUAAUUUUAUAAGCUAAAAGUCACUAUAAUGAAUUAUGCCAAUUCUGACAAAUUUUACGUGUUUCCGGCAAUAUAGGGUUUAUCAGUUCUCAAACACCUUGGGAUUAAUAGAGAGCAGUCCAGAAAUUAAAACACCUUUGUGUCCCUGAACUGGUACAUUUUCUGGACUACAAAGAAAACAAUACUGAACGAAUGCUGAUACUACAACUUAUGCCAGUUCAAAGCAAGGGCACUUGCUGAAAAAAAAAUAAAAAAGUUUGGACCCCGUACGUCCUGUAUCUUAUGUACAAAAAAAAAAGAAAAAAA